AUGAAGCAAUAUUUGCAUACCUCAAGAAAAGCAGAUUGUCCUGUAACACCUUCACAACAAGAUAUUGGUGUGACUUAUGUUAGAUGGGGAAAGAAAAUGUGUCCUGAAAAUUCGGACAUUGUGUAUACAGGUCAGGCCGGAGGUAAUUUUUACACUAACAAAGGAGGAGGUUCAAAUUACCUCUGUUUACCCAGUGAUCCUGAAAAUGGUAAAGCAUACUCAUAUGCUAAUGAUGGACUAUAUGGCGCCGAGUAUGAGAUACAUUCCGACACUAAGCCAUCUGGUUUACCUGCUAGUUUGGGAAAUAAAGAGGUCCCGUGUGCGAUGUGUAGACGAAAAGGAAAAGUUUCCGUUUUAAUGAUACCAGGGAGGAAGUCCUGCUACAAAGGAUGGCAAUAUGAAUAUACUGGCUUCUUGAUGAGUGAGCAUACAACUCAUAACAAUAAAGACUUUAUCUGUAUGGACGGAAAGGCGGAACCAUUGGACAGUCGAUCUUCCAACGAAAAUGGUGCUUUGUUUUAUCCUGUCAGAGCGAAAUGUGGCAGUAUGAGGUGUCCUCCAUACAAAGAUAACACUGAAGUGCUUUGUACCGUUUGCCAGGCUGGAGGUAGCUAUUAUAACAAUAAAGGAGGAGGCUCUAACUACCUCUGUUUACCCAGUGACCCUGAAAAUGGUAAAGCAUACUCCUAUGUUAAUGAAGGAUUAUAUGGAGCAGAGUAUGAGAUACAUUCCGACACUAAACCAUCAGGUUUACCUGCUAGUUUGGGCCAUAAGGAGGUACCAUGUACUGUGUGUAGACGGAAAGGGAAAGUUUCUGUUUUAAUGAUACCAGGAAGGAAGUCCUGUUACAGAGGAUGGCAAUCCGAAUAUAAUGGUUUCUUGAUGAGUGAGCAUAAAAGUCAUAACAAUAAAUACUAUAUAUGUAUGGACGGAGAAGCAGAACCCUUGGACAAUCGAUUUUCCGAAGAAAAUGGGGCAUUGUUUUAUCCUGUUAGAGCGAAAUGUGGAAGUCUGAGAUGA